UCUCUCUCCCACCCAGACAGCCUCGUCCCUCCUCACCGCCGGUGGAAGCCCAGUUGACCAGCGUCGCAACUGAGCGAUGCGCCUCCUAGCAGAGACUCUACCUUUUUGCGGCGGAUUUGACAGUCACAUCGCAGCCUGCAGCCUCACAUCCUAAUGACAUUUGGUUGUCAGUGUUUUCCUCAGCUUGCGUCAGUCUAAUUUUGAGGGGGGAGGGGGGGGCAAACAAUUCCCAGGACAAGGUUUUCGGUUGCAUGAAAACUGACCACUCGCAACAGGUUUUUUUUUCCCACAGUCUUGAACGAUCCCUGUGGGAGGAUUUGCUUUCAUCAUACCUAUUGCCUUUUAUUUUCAAACCAGUCAGACAACUGGUAACUUAAUCGAAGAUGGUACGAGAAACCCCGGACAAACUCUCUUGAUUUUGGUCAUUUGUGUCCUCAGUUUGUGUCUAUCGGAGGCUCGAAAGCAUCUUCAGACAGACUACAGGGAGCAGAGGCGGCUGUUGUAAGGUGGGCAGGAGCAACUAGCAGCCAUGCUGUCAUUGGACGAGCCGCUGGACUUGAAGCUUCCCAGGGGACGGACAGAUGGUCCAGUCAAAUUAGGAAAGAGGGCUUAUCCUUCCUCUAUCAGCGCCCCUCUCAGCACAACACGACCACGCCUGCUAUGCACAACCUUUCCGUCUCCCCCCUCCUCCCCAGAGUCCCAGUUUUCACCUCAAGAACGACCCGGGUCCUGCUUCAGUCCUCCAGCCAUGGACCUCAGCCUGUCCCCCUCCUCCCGCCAUGCCUCCUCCCUCUCCCCGUCUCCUUCCUCCCCCUCCUCCCCCUUCCCUUCGUCACCCCUGGAAUCCCCUCACUGCAGCAGCAGCCCUCAGCCACACCUCUUCUCGCGGGAACCGGCUCGUCAUCGAGGUCUGGAGGGUGGAGCUUCACCGCAGGGCUACCCAUUUUACCUGCCGAUUGGAAGCCCCCCGAGGGCAUACAGCUUUCCCUCCUCCAUGUUCAUCACUCAAAACAGAGACAAGCAGGCAUCACCAGAGCCCUCAUUGGACGGUCAGCUGGCCUGCCGUUGGAUGAAGUGCCAUCUGCUGUUCGACUCGCUUCAGGACCUGGUGGAUCACAUCAACGACUUCCACGUCAAGCCUGAAAAGGAUUCUGGGUACUGCUGCCAGUGGGAGGGCUGUGCCCGUAACGGCAGGGGCUUCAAUGCCAGGUAUAAAAUGCUGAUUCAUAUCCGGACACACACCAAUGAGAAGCCGCACCAUUGUCCCACCUGUAACAAGAGCUUCUCACGUCUGGAGAACUUGAAGAUACACACCCGUUCACACACAGGAGAAAAACCCUACAUCUGCCCUUAUGAAGGCUGCAGCAAACGUUACUCCAACUCUAGCGAUCGCUUCAAACACACCCGCACCCACUACGUUGACAAGCCUUACUACUGCAAGAUGGCAGGCUGCCUGAAACGCUACACAGAUCCCAGCUCGUUACGCAAGCACAUCAAGGCACAUGGGCACUUUGUUGCCCAGGAGCAAGGCGCUCCGAGCAGGAUGGGGGCUGGACUGGGCCUCCCUUGUCACCAAAGUGCUGUUGAACUGCCUACUUUAGGCAGGGCCCACAUCAUUAUCCCUGGGGCUGCAACAGCUCUUCUUGGGGGCCUGGGGACCUCUUUGCCUCUUUCGGCUUUCUGCCAUGCCAGAGCCAUGGGCCACCAUGGGGCAACACUCUUCUCCAUGGGUGGAGGAAGCAGCAUAGGGCCGCUCGGCCUCUCGGACUCUCCUCUGUUACACUUUGGACUUUCAGCUGCAUCGAUGUUGGGGCUGGGAGCUCUUGGAGGUCUGGGACGGGUGGUACGGAAGGAGACAGAGGAGGAAGAGGAAGAGGAGGAAGGAGAGGACGGGGAGGUGCUGAACCUGUCUGCAGGAGUGGGGCAUAGACCAAAUGACCCUUUGUCCUGGGUGGUUGUUCCCCCUAAGGCAGUCCUCCUUAAACCAACUGUCGUCAGCUAGGAUGUGGACUCAGCAAUGUGCAAAGAACAAGGGAGUGUGUCCAGGUUUGCGUGUUCAUGACAUACAUGCAUGUCUAUGGCGUGUGUGUGUGUGUGUGUGUGUGUGUGGGUGGGGCACAUGUGAGGGAUCAAAGGUCACUGUCACCUGCAGAGCCAUAAAAAGCACUUCAGCCAUUCCAGCGCAAGAAACAACUGAAGAAAGACUGAAAUGGACACAAGUCAUUGUUUCGAGCGUACAAAUUCAAAACAAGACCUUAGAGUAUUGGGUUGCAAAAGUCUUAUACUUUAAAAAGGGUCAGUUCACCCACAUGAAAAUGAGAAAAGAAAACAUACCCCUAAUGGUAUCCGUCAAGGCCAACAAGUGCAGAUAGAAUAUCCAUUAAUCACAUUAAAGACAUAACAUAAACAUACAAUGAGACUAUUUGCUUGCCAAACAUUCUCUCUGUGUUCCAAUGAGUUUCAGAGAUACGGGAGGUUUAUGAGAUAAGAAAAACCUUUAUUGGUCCCACAGUGGGGAAAUUGCGGAUAUAAAAGGGAUUGUUGCCCACUGAACUUUGAAUCUGCAAAGAUCAAAUCUGUUAAGCUGUCUUUUGUUGCAUAGUUGUCAUUGUCUUGAUUAGUCAUUUAAGUAGUUGGACAGAUAUUUUAGGGACCUCAUUAGGAAAAACUGACAACAGCAUUAAAAAAGGAAAUUUGAAAUUUUCAACAGUAACUUUCUUUUCACAAGUUAUUUUGAAAAAUCCACAGGCAUCGCUAUGAAAACAUUUUUACAAUGAGAUUUUGAAACAUCCUUUAUAUAGCCACACUAUAAGCAAAGCCAGUCAGUCGGUGUACCUCUUUGGCACGGACGGAAACAUUUCAACAACUGUUUGAUGGAUUGGCAUGACAUUUUUAACCAACACAUUCUCACUCCCAUUGAGUCAAAAGGCGCAAUUGGUCAGGUGCCACUGGCGUUUGUUAUUGAUUCAAAAAGUCUCCUUUAGUGUCAUUUUUAGAUGUGCUAGGCAGACACUUGGCGUCACUUUUUGACGUACUGUACGUUUAACUGACAAGCAGCCCAAGAACAGGACAGUUUGGUUUUGGUUAAGAUCGUGGGUGGCGUAACAAAAUGUACGACACACGGCACAUGAACGCCAAUCCACUGGGUAUAAGUCCUGUGUUGUUUGACCCAUCCACCAUCCCAUCCUGCCUCCAUACGCAGAUUUCCUGUCAUACUACUCGCCACCGCUGUCGCUCUUAAUACUACGUCAUCUUACAGUGCCGCGGUCAAGCUGCUGCUGUGCCCGGUGUGUUCCAUACAGAUGCUAAAGGGUUCUUUUGUGUCAGUAUCUGACGCUAAGAGUCAAUGACCAAGCGUCAGUAUUAAACAACUUGGGGAGUGGGAACGGGUUGUUCAUUUACAGCCAUGCAUGGUCACCAGAGGAUGAAUCUUACCCAUCUUUUUGACGCUUUGACAUUUCCUCUGGCGCCAGUAUUUUGGCUUAUGUCCAAGUACCCAAGUAGCCAAUACUUUGGCUUAUGUCCACGUGUUUAGUGUUAAUAACAAAAUGUUGGCAUGCUAAACUAAGAUGCCAACAAGGUAAACAUCGUGUUUACAUAAUAUCAGCCCGUCUUGUUGAGCCUUACAAAUCAAAUUAUGUAUUUUUCUGAUGUUUUAGAGGUGAAUAUCUCAAAACAUUGGGAUGCAAAACCACAUCUGUCUGCAUAGCUUGAUACCGGGCAAGUAAGAAAAUAUGUGAGUUUUAGGUGAACUGACCCUUUAAUAUUCCUUGAUUCACCAAUCCCUUUCUGUUCAUCUACACAACAGUUAACAGUGGACAAUCACCUGGAUUCGAUUCACUAAACCAGGUCAGGAAAAGAGCAGAUGCACUACCCUUUUUGUAGUUUUUAUGUUUGACAACCCCCACUGACUGCAGACCCAUUUUCACUGUUACAUAAAUAUGGGGGAAGGCAGGAUUGUGGGGAGCAACAAGAAAUACAGUCCAAACACAAUAACUUAAUGUAACGUUAAUGCAUACGUUCAUUAGGAUCUACCAAUGUUACAUCCAUCUACAUGUUUUGAGUUUGAGUUUUUGCUAUUAAGGGGUUACACUGCAAAAUACGAUAUUUAAACAAUUCAACAGCAACUCCCAUAAACAGACUGCAGACAUUAAAAACACAUUCUUGUGGUUAUUUUCUAAAUGUGUUUACAAGAUGUGUUUUUGUUACAAAAUUGAUUUAAGGCGCUUUCGUAUUUGUCUCAGUCUUGUCAUUUAAAGAUGGUUUCUCUGGAUGGUUUAUCGGGUACUGGCAAUUUAUUGUCAUGUCAAUUUAUUGACAUGAAUAAUAGCUCCAUGAAACCUCCUGAGACGUAUAGCCACACAUCAUAAUAUCUGACGCAGUAAUCUUUACUGAUUAACUAGUCCUCAAGUGAUCUCAGUGUAGCUGCCAGCUGCUCUGUGGUUUGUUUUAACCCAGAGAAACUUUGACAUUUUCAACACGAGGAUGUUUGAUGAAAUAUUAUAAUCCACACAAUGCUUUCUGUUUGACCAUGUGAUUUUUCAAGUCGCAAGAACAAAUUAAUCAACUGUUUUGACGCAACUGAAUGUGGGUUUGAGGUUAACUCCAUUUCUUGCCCUUUACUUUAGCUCAUUCCUUGCUCUCUUAAUCAUCAUAGACAACGAUCUGGACAGGAUCGGCCGUGCCUUUUAGACAAGACCAACUGAGGAAAACAAGUAGGAACAAGGUAGACAAAGGUGUGUAUUAGGCAAUAAUGGGUACACAUUUGCUUUACAAAAGGGUACACAAGAAGAAACCAAACAAUGGUUUAAAAAGCUGUCUCCAGUAUUAUUUGAAUGGGAAAUGUUUGACAAUGGCCGAAUGUGGCCAGUAUGAUUUAUCUUGUAUACUUGUUUGCACAUUGAUUGAUCCUAAUCAGUAUUUCAAAAGGUGUCCCCAAGUGCCUUGUGUUUCAUCUGAAAUAUACCGUACAAUAUAUGAAAAAUAUUUACACAAAUGUAAAGUGUAUAAAUGUACUUUUCAUUACAUUUUAGAAAACUGAAAUUGAAUAACUUGACAACAGAUGUGAUUUGUACAUCAGGGCCACUGCAACACUCUCAGAGGACGUCACCAGUGUCGAUGUCUAUGACAAUGACUCAAUGUCAAUAAACA